AAUUAGGUCAAUAUUGGUUGCAAUGGACGGACAAGAAAAACAUAAGUUCCCACCCAUUAUUGAGCUUAAUGUAGGUGGAAGGUUUUUUACCACCACACACCUUACCCUUACCAAAUGUCCUGAUAACAUGCUGUCAGCCAUGUUCAGUGGCAAAUAUUCUGUAAUCAGAGACAAGGACGGCAGAUAUUUCAUUGAUGCCGAUGGAGACAACUUUAUUCACAUUCUUAACUAUUUGCGCUAUGGAGAUAUUCCGUCCCAGAGGAUAGCAGAAGCUGUUUAUCGUGAGGCAACAUACUUUGGAAUUCAUGGUCUUGUUGAUGAGUUGGAAAAAUAUCCUCAAAUUCUUGCAAAGAUUCAAAGAAACAAUUAUCGUAACCAGUUCCCUGGUUUUGGGGACUGUUUAGACACAGUGAUAAACGUCUCUAGUCAAACAGCCUCAUCAGAAACCACUGAGGUUAUUUUACUUCUUUAUAAGAAAGAAAAUGAGCCCAACAACGAAGAUUUUAACCUCAAUCAUGUUUGCCUUUGUAAACAUCCACACUCAGACAGGAAUUCAACAUUUGAUGCCAAACUGGGACCAUGGAAGGCUGAGAGUUGUGAAAAAGAUGUUCUCAAUUGCUUAAUGUUUGACCUAACAUCCCAGGGAUUUGUCGUCACUGCCAAGGCUCUGGGUCAAUGUAAAUAUGGACAUGAAGAUGAAAAAUGUGCCAAAAUGUUCUUUAGUUUAUGCUUCUAUUGGUGGAAGUGAAAAUGAUAUCAGUCAACAUACUUUGAAUUUUAUGAAUAUUAUAAAAUCAAGUAAAGUUUAAUUUGUUAAGAGAAACUUUUAUUUAUAAAUGUACAUUUAAUCAUUUACACGAUUUUUAUUCUUGAGUUUUACCGAUAUUUGACAGAUUCUUCCUUGUUUUUGUUUAUUGAUGCCAAAAAUAUGCACACAAUACACGGGUAAUAGGACUUUGUCAUGCUGCAGUUAUAUUCAACUGCUCACACUUUUCUGAGUGGAUUUUGCAAUGAUAAAUACCAUUAACGUAGAUUUGUUACAGUCUUCCUAUUGCUGUUUCAAGAUUUUAACCAACGUCAUGUUUAAGUUUGAUUUUAUUGCAUGCUAUGAGAGAUAUAUUUGUUGUUAUUAUGUGUAUGACAUUAAGACCAAGACUUGUGCUGUAGUAUAUACAUGUUAGGAGGAUAUUUUCAGUCUACCUGCUUUUAAUACAUCACAUGUCUUGUGACAGUAAUUAUAAUGAUUGAAUCAUCUUACAACACCAAAUUUUACUAUCAAGUCUUGAUAACUGAACUCAGCAAUCGUUAUUUUUAUUUAUUUAUUUUCACUGCCUC